UUCACAUCGCAAAACAAGCUGUUACAAUUUCGAUCAGCUCAUUUCAUAACACGGAAGCCGUAAUAUGUUUAUUUUCAAUUCUUGAGAUACAGUGUCAAACAUAUGCUGAGGAUAUUAAGUGUAACGUGAUUUAUGAGGCUUUAGACACAAAAAUAACACCCAAGAACGAGUUGUGAAGCGCUGAAGAUACUAAAUUAUGAACUUUGAACUUUGACUAUCAUCAUGACAGAAUUGAAAGCAUGUAAAGUAUGUAGCAUUAGCCGACAGAAGUGUUAUGGGCUGGCGGUGAGCUCUCUGGAUCAACUCAAAUUAAAAGGUGGUGAGGCUCUAGGGUUUAGUCCCAGUGCAUCAGUCUCAGUGGUGCUAGAAGAAGAUGGGACCAUUGUAGAAGACGAGGCUUACUUUCUGUGUCUGCCAGCAAAUACAAAAUUUAUGCUGUUGCAUGCCGAUGAAAUAUGGAUGCAAACUCAUCAAAUCGAUGGAGGAGCAGCACAGCCUUGCAGAGUGUCUGAUAGUCUGGAGGUAGAUGGAAUAGACGAUGUUGAUGGGAUUGAAUCUUGGCACAGUUUGGCAAAACAGCUCAGACAGGACUUGGCCAGUAUUAUCCUCAUGUCCGAGGCAGAUCUACAGAGUUUGAUUGAUGUGCCAUGCUCCGUUCUGGCUGCAGCAUUGGACUUCUCACAGCAGAAAACCCAGGUCCUACAGGACACGCUGCAGAGAAUGCUGGACCGCAAGGAAGAAGAAAGACAGUCCAAAGAGUUACUGAGGCUCUAUUUGAAAGCCAUGGAGCAAGAAGGGACCUCGGACCCACAAGAAGAAUGCGCUAAACUAGAUGAGACAGAUGGGGUGCAGGCAGAGGCCGCAGCAGGGUUCAGCUCCACCACGCUAAUGGUUCUGAAGGACAAAAAAUACCCAGAGACCAGACUGUCCAAUGAAGAGCUACAGAUGGUGGUGAGACGAGGAGUGGAGGUCAUGAUGGAGGUGUUGGGCCGGGACAGUGAAAGGACAUCAGCGCUGGUCCAGGCAUGUGAAAGUGAGCUCAGUAAACGCCUACAGCGAGUUCAAGCCCUGCAAUCCCUCAGCGCUCAAAAGCAGUCCACUUCACACCCACAAGCUGAGAGAGACACCCGAGCUAAACGCAGCAAAAAAAACACACACUGACAAUAUACAAGACAUAUCUUCUAGUCUGUAUUCUUGGACCACUUCAUUACAUUUCAUGUAAAAAACAAAAUAAAAAAAAUAAUAAUAAGCUUGAGCUUAGACAUUGCUUUUCCAAUUUUUGGAUACUGAUCAUUAUAGUAGCCUAUAUUUUAUAGAAAUGCCAAAGCCACUGUUUUUGAGCUGAGUUUUACAACAUUAAGAACUAUUGUUUUCUUUGCUAACGUUAGUUAAUAAAAAUACAGCUGUUCAUGUUACUUCACAGUGCAUUAACUAAUGUUAACAAAUACAACUCUUGAUUUUAAUAAUGUAUUAGUAAAUGUUGAAAUUAACAUUAACAAGAUUAAUAAAUGCUGUAGAAGAGCCAUUCAUUAUUAGCUCAUGUUAACUAAUGUAGUUAAUGUUGUAAAGUGUUACCGUUUUCUUUUGUUAGUAAUGCAUAAAGUGGUUUUUUAAAAACACAGAAUACAUACAGAGUGGUAAUUUAUAUAA